AUGGUUUCAUCUUCAGACACAGGAGUUUCGGACACCUUGGAUCCUAUGGCAGUUGUGUCCGAUGACGAGAUUCCAUCAGAGCGAGAGGUCUACACAUCAGACACCACCAGCACUGACAACGACGAUUUUCAGCCCUUCGCGCUGCCUGACGUCGGAGUGGAGCCUGCUGAUAGCCUUCCUGUCGCGGAUUUACCACUUGCGGUGAUCCCUGCUCCUCUACCACUUGCUGCUUUUCCAGUCGUAGACAUGCCACUCGAUGUUGCCCCUGCAGAGGAGCUUCCUGCUGAUUCACCUGUCCCAGAUUCCUUUGAGUCUGUGGCAUCUGCGUCCUUACACACUCAGGGAGUUCAACAUCACUCUUCAGACGCCGAUCCUGACAUGGCGUUGUCAGCUGCACCCGAGCCUGUAGCUGCUCCUGAUCCUACACUAGAGCAUGACCCUGUUCAUGACGAUGCACCAGCCAUUGCACCUCUUGUUGACGAUAUACCCAUUGCUGACCCACCAGUUGUUGCUCCACCGUUGGUGGAUGAUCCUGUUGUUGAUGCACCGAUUCCUGAUCCUGUGCCUGUAUUGUAUGACUGUGCACCUUUCGCUGCUCAUAUAGAUCCACGAUAUGCCGACACCCACAACGGAUGGAUCGAUGACGAUGACGAUUACCCACCAUUUGUGUUACCUGUUACACCUCCAGUAGCCCCUGUUUCAGCACCCACUGAUAUCCCAUUGUUUCCCCCACACACCACAGACGCUCACCGCACUGAUCUCCCUGUUACGUUCCUUUAG